GAAAAAGUCACGAAUCGUCCAAGUGGUAACGAGUCCAAGUGGACUCUGAACAACGCGUGAACAAAAUGAAUUUGUUUUCGCCAUCGAGUUUUUUUGUCCUACUGGUCAUCGGUCGUCUCUGCGGUGGCGAGGAAAAAUCCUUCGAGCUGACGGGUGCGUCGAUAUUCUACCCGCCGAGCAAUUGCAGCGAUCACGCCUACUCGGCGCGCAACGUCAUAGCGACCCGACUGCAGAUAUUCCGCGAGCGCACCGUGUUUCUGACGCUGCCCAAGUACAAAUCGGGAGUUCCGUUCAGCAUCGGAUCGAUGCAAAUGUCGUCGCAGUCACCGCCGCUAGUCAAGCCCCUGCUGGAAGAUCCGAAGUGCCGAUCGUGCGAGGCGGACGUCGUCGACUGCGCCGAUCCGCAGAACGUCGUCGAUCUGGCGCUCGACCACGCGAACGACGUGCUCUGGGCGCUGGACGUCGGGGUGGUGGCGAGCCUCGAGCGGCCGAAUCGCGAGUGCCCGCCCAAGAUCCUCGGCAUCGGCGCGAGGACGGCCAAGAUCGUUUAUAGGAUCGACCUGAGCGAGGUGACGACUUACCGAUCGCGGCUGCAGCAUCUUUUGGUCGAGCGAUCCUCGGGCAAUCGGAUCCACCUAUACGUCUCGGACGCGGCGGUGGGCGCCAUAAUCGUUCACGACGUCGUCGCCGACGAGCUGCAUCGGAUCCUGCUGCCGCGAGGAGUCGCCUCGGGCUGUCGUGGCGCUACUCAACCGGACGUGCUCUAUCUGGUUCGCGCGAUCGGCAAGCGCAACGCCACGAGCAACGCCGCCGCCACCUCGUCAUCGAUGAUUUAUUUCACGUAUUUGUGCUCGGACUGGCUGUACGCCGUCGAGACGUCGGACCUGAGGCGCGCCAAGCCCGGGCCGUUCGUCCAUCGGGUCGGUGCCAAGGACAGGAAAAUCAUUCUGCUGGGCAGCGACAAUGGCUCGAGCCUCUUUUUUCGCGCCAAAGGCCAAGCUGACGUGUACGCCUGGAACAGCGAGACGAGCUUCGAGGCGAAGAAUUGGCAGUUGGUGGCAAAGGGCAACGAUGCCAGAUUGACCACCCACGUGGUGCCAGCGAGCUCGACGAGGAACAAAGUCCUCUGGAUGAUCGAGAGCAAUUUUCACGACUACAUCAAGGACGUCCUGGGCACGAACGGCUCGUCGGUCGUCAUCAGACGCGUUACCAGACUUUGAGUGCUUGAGCCAUUCGCGAGUGUUUUCGUGGCUAGUCUUCUUUUUUACAUUUUUAUGAAAAAUGUCUUAUGUUUUUGAAUGUCGACGAAUCGAUCGAAGAUGCACGUGUAGCUGUCUAGCUGAGGUGACAACCUCGAAAUUCUUUCGGCUAAUUACGCGUAAAUUCGUAGACACAGUACGAUUUUAAAACUGCGCUAGUUUAUUUAGGAAUUACCGAGAAUAUACACAUCUUGAAAUACUUUUUUUUUUAUACAAAACAUCGACGCCAUCGCUGCGUUACUUGGCAUUACGAAACGUCGUCGCGAUCGGCACAGUUUUUGCAAUGUGCUCAAAAACUUGUGCGGUUGUGUCUCUUUGUAAGCUCUCGAGGGAGAAAUAAAAAAAAAGCAUAAUUUAUAUUUAAAAGAAUAAAUGUUAAAACAACCGCUGGUGCAGUCAUUUCUUUUAUUUUUUUUUACAUGUAUAAUCGACGUAUGCGGUGACGCAACGAAAAUGGCAUACAGCGAUAAAUCAUCUUGUGGGAAACGAGAAUCUAUUUUUCUGCGCGAGAA